CUGUAUGACGACGUUGUACCAAAGACCUCAGAGAACUUCCGUGCUCUGUGCACUGGCGAGAAAGGCUUCGGCUAUGGCGGCUCCAAGUUCCACAGGAUCAUUCCUGGCUUCAUGUGCCAAGGGGGCGACUUCACACGGGGAGAUGGAACCGGGGGGAAGAGUAUCUACGGCAACAAAUUUGCAGAUGAGAACUUUGUGAGGCAACACUCAAAGCCAGGUCUGCUCUCAAUGGCCAAUGCUGGACCAAACACCAAUGGAUCCCAGUUUUUCAUCACAACUGAAAAGACCCCAUGGCUGGACAAGAAGCACGUGGUGUUCGGCGAAGUGACGGAAGGCUUUGACACCGUCGUCAGGGAGAUGGAGAAGAACGGCAGCCAGAGCGGAAAGACGACCAAGCCUGUGUGCAUUGCCAAGAGUGGAACUCUUUGAUCAGACCACGCAGGGAAGGAAAGAAAUGGGGCGGAGGAGGAACGAAAGAAUUCUCUCAGAAAUGUUUAUUUAGAUCUCUAUACCACAGGCCGGUGUUCUUUCUAUUCAGCAGAAAUGUUUAAAGGGGUUCCUUCCUUGGAUUUUGUUACUAUUCUGACGCCACCAUUGUCUACAGCAUGCUUGGUGCGCUGUGCUACCGUUAGUUCACUGCUCAGGAUCCAGUCUCUAGUCAGCUCCACGCUACAAGGCAUUACCAACACCCACCAGGGAAGUUAUUUGCAUUUUAUUUGUCCGGGCUUGUUAGCUGCAAUGAAACGUUUAGGAUUUGUCCAGUGUUAGGGAAGGAAGCUUUCCCUGGAGUUCUCUGUCCACAAGUUUUCUUAUAGCUGUUGAACUUACUUGUGCGGCCCUGCCACAUUUUUAUUUUAUUGGGGUUUUAAAAAAAUUUUUUUUUUUUUGAAUGAAUAAAACUUUUUGAUAUCUUA